CGCGCUUCCAGGCUUCCAGGUAUCGGUCCAUCAGUCGACGGCAUGUACGGCGGCAACUACUACCCCCCCACCACAGCAGGGGUAUCCUCCUCCCCUCCCCCGCCGCAGCAAGCUCAGGCCUAUUACGCAGCCCAGGGUCGACAGCUCUUCGUGCAGGCGACUCUGACCCCGCAGCCGGCUUAUGUUGCGUACCCAGGCGUCGUGUACGCUGGCGGCCACUACAAGCACAAGAAGUGCAAGCACUACAAGCACAAGCACAAGGGCUUCAAGUUCAAAUAGCAGCCGAGCUCAGUCAGUCGAGACUGAGGUCUGCACGCGCUGGUAGAGUAUGUAGAGCAGCUAGCUAAAUGCGGUAAUGCACUGUACCCUCGCGGCGUAACCCCGGUUACGAUCGUGCAACGCUUAUUGAU